GGGCCGGCUUGGAAAACUCAGCGUGAAGAGGGCGUCGGACAGGCUAGCACGGCCAGACACGACAACAUGGCAGAAAUCUGCGGUGAAAAGUCCUUCUCAACCAGACAGCGGUUGUCCACCAACACGCCUGAUGACGAGCUCGCAGUCAUUGAAAAUGGGGACAGCAGAGCUCACUCUCUUUGUGGAGACAACUCUGAGAGAGCGCUAUCUCCAGAGUCCCGCAGAGACUCGUUUACAGGUGCUGGGGCAAUGGCCAGGCUCUCUUACUUCUUCUUCAUGCUGCGAAACUGGGCGUCUCACAGAAUGAACCCCGAAGCAGAGAGGCACGAUUCUUUCCUGGAUCGCUUCAGAGGCCCUGAGCUCAAAGACGUUGCCAGUCGAGAGAGCAAUGCCCAGUCGCUGGGUCACAACGACGCACUCCGUAAGAGAAAUCUUGCCAGUAAGUGGCCGCUAGCUACUUACAACAUGAAUAACUGCAACAACACAGACGACAAAAAGGAGGACAAAAAAGAGGAGAUUAAAAAAGAUGAGAAAAAGGAGGAGGAGAAAAAAGACGAGAAGAAAGACGGUGACAAGAAGGAAGAGGAAAAGAAGGAUGAGAAGAAGGAUGAGAAAAAGGAUGAGAAGAAAGAUGAUAAGAAGGAUGAUAAAAAGAAAGAGGAGCCCCCGAAAGAGAUCUGGAUUAUGGAUCCAGCUGCAGACCAAUACUACAAAUGGCUGACGGUCAUCGCAGGCCCAGUAUUUUAUAACCUGAUGAUGAUUGUAACAAGAGCCUGCUUUAAUGAACUCCAGGAAUCGUAUACAAACCUCUGGAUAUUCUUGGACUACACUUCAGACUUCAUCUACUACACAGACACAUUUGUCAGAUCGAGAACAGGUUAUUUGGAACAAGGCCUGCUGGUAAAAGAUGCCACGAAACUGAGAAAUAAAUACAGGACAACAAGUCAGUUCAAGUACGAUAUGAUUUCAAUGUUACCCACUGAUCUGCUCUUUCUGAAAUUUGGAUUCAACAACCCAGAGUUUAGAUUCAACCGUCUUUGCAAAAUGUCGAGGCUUUUUGAGUUCUUCGAGCGGACUGAAACCAGAACCAGCUUCCCGAACAUGUUUCGAAUCAGCAAUCUCGUACUUUAUAUCCUCAUUAUUAUCCAUUGGAAUGCUUGUAUGUUCUUUGCCAUUUCAAAAACCAUUGGUUUUGGAUCUGACACUUGGGUGUAUCCCAAUAUCAGCCACCCAGAGCACGGCCGCUUGGCCAGAAAGUACAUCUAUUCCCUGUACUGGUCCACGCUGACCCUCACCACCAUCGGAGAGACCCCUCCACCAGUCAGGGAUGUUGAAUACCUCUUCGUCAUUGCCGACUUCCUCACAGGUGUCCUGAUCUUUGCUAGUAUCGUCGGUAACGUCGGUGCGAUGAUCUCCAACAUGAAUGCCUCUCGUGCUGAGUUCCAGGCAAAGAUCGACUCUAUAAAGCAGUACAUGCAGUUUCGAAAGGUCACCAAAGACCUGGAGGCCAGGGUCAUCAAGUGGUUUGACUACCUCUGGACUGAGAAGAAGACCUGUGAUGAGAAGGAAGUGUUGAAGAACCUCCCCGACAAGCUCAAGGCUGAGAUUGCCAUCAAUGUCCAUUUGGACACGCUGAAAAAAGUGCGUAUUUUCCAGGAUUGUGAAGCUGGUCUCCUGAUUGAAUUGGUGCUCAAGCUGCAGCCGCAGGUCUUCAGUCCUGGAGAUUACAUCUGCAAGAAGGGGGAUAUUGGCAGGGAGAUGUACAUUAUCAAGGAGGGGAAGCUAGCUGUGGUGGCCGAUGAUGGAGUCACUCAGUUUGUAGUGCUCAGUGAUGGCGCAUAUUUUGGGGAAAUUAGUAUCUUAGGAAUCAAGGGUAGUAAAGCAGGCAACAGGAGAACCGCCAACAUUAGAAGUGUAGGUUAUUCUGAUCUCUUUGCCCUAUCCAAAGAUGACUUGAUGGAAGCGCUCACUGAGUAUCCAGACGCCAAGAAGGCUCUGGAGGAGAAGGGGAAAGCCAUCCUAAUGAAAGACAACCUGAUUGAUGAGGCGGUCGCCAAUGCCGGUGCCGACCCCAAAGACCUGGAGGAGAAGAUCGUCAAACUGCAGGGCAACCUGGACGUAAUGCAGACCAAGUUUGCCCAGAUGAUGGCAGAGUUCAACUCCAGCCAGACCAGGAUGAAGCAUAGGAUCACUGAGAUGGAGACCAAAGUGAAAUCCAUACGACCAGAGGACCUGUCUGAAGUGGUGGCUGACAAAGACAAAAAAGUGCAGUAAAGUAGGAGAUAUCCGAGGACUUUACAGUGAAUGAAGGGAUUUUUCAUUUAGAAUA